UUUAACCUAGUUUUUUUGGGCUAAAGCCAAAAUUAGGGUGUUGAUAUGAUUAAACACUAUCAUAUCUAUACAUAUAGAUAAUGGAAUAGUUCAUAAAAAUGUUUAAAAGAUAAUAAAAAAAACAAUAAAAUUAGGGCAACGUAGAAUAUCUGUGACACGUGAUCAAAACUUUGUAAAGCUAACAGAAGAAUGUGAGCGACACACCGUGGAUGACACAUGUAAGAAGAGGGAUUUGACAAAACAGGUAGGAGGGUUUAGGUGUCAGGUUAACUUUAGUUUUGGUUUUGACAGAAGGGCUUGGCCAUUCAAAACAGCUUCCAGUAUAGUGACUCUGUCCCUCAGAACACAACGAUAGAGAGCAGACUCUAUUCUUUUUUUCAAAAAGGUGACAAAUUUCGGCGACCUUCAGAUCGGAUCGGUUACACCGCUGUUGAAAGAUUAGGAAAGGGAGAUCACGUUGGGUUUUUCAGUUGGAGCAGAAAGAAGGAAAAAGGGCAAACAGGAUCGUCAGUGUUGGUGGAGUUUCACCUCCACAUUCUUUGAUCUCCAAUACACCUGUCGUUCUUCCACAUAGUUAAGAAGGGCAAGCAAAUCAUGCCGAUUCCAAACUCCACAAUUGACGAAAGUGCUCGUCCGUUGAAUUCAAGGAGAGGAGGCAACAUGAAAAAGUCAACGAAUCCCUACGUAGCUUUUAAAGAUAAGUUAUCAAAAAGGACGAAAACAUUACUGAUUAUUUUGUUUGUCGUGGCAAUCUUGGUGUUAUUUAGCGUUACAGGAUAUUAUGUUUCCAAGCUGAUCAAAAGCAAGUACUUCUUCUGCAGUCGCUCAGUCAAGUUUAUUCCGUUGGGAAAAGCAUGUGACAAGCAAAUUGAUUGCUCUGAUGGAGAGGAUGAAAAUGAUUGUGUCCUGAACUUUGAAGCCAACACCACAUUCCCGGUGCGUCUGGCUUCAAGUCAAAACAUCCUCCAAGUAUACAGUGAGAGCUCAGGAUGGAGUAGUGUGUGCAGCAACGAAUGGACACAACAGCACACUGAGACAGCUUGUAAACAACUGGGAUAUACAAAGAAUCCUACAAGCACUUACAUCCAAGUGUCAAGUCUAACCUUAUCGCUGAAAAAUGGGAAAUUCUCAUCUGUCAGGCCUGGACCUUCUUCCACUCCGAUACAUCAGGCAACCAGUUCAAGCUCAGUGUGCCGUUCUGGAUCAGUGGUAUCUGUGACCUGCUCAGACUGUGGAGUGUCCAAGAGUGAGCCGUAUUCUCGUAUUGUUGGGGGUAAUACGACUGACAUUGCAGACUAUCCUUGGCAAGUUAGUCUGCAGGUUAAUGAUCAACACACAUGUGGGGGCUCCCUGGUGUCGCCGCGCUGGAUUGUCACUGCUGCCCACUGCUUUAAUGGGAAUAACCAAGUAACAAGUCGGUGGACUGUGAUGUCGGGGCGCUCAUACCUGACCACGAUUGGAGCAUCCUAUGUGGACAAAAUCCUGGUUCAUAAAAAAUAUAUACCACAACAACAAGACUAUGAUAUCGCUCUAAUUAGGCUCAGCAGCCCAAUAACAGUGGGAGAUUACCGGAGGCCAGUUUGUCUACCUCCAAAAGACCUGGCCCUUGCUAGCCAAACCCCCUUAUUUGUAACAGGCUGGGGUUACCUGACAGAAGAAGGAUCAGUUUCUUCUACCCUUCAGGAGGCUGAGGUCCCACUGAUUGAUUGGAGCACAUGCUCAAAACUACCGAUUUAUAGGAAUACUUUAACGCAAAGAAUGAUAUGUGCAGGUUACUUGGGAGGCGAAGUGGAUGCUUGUAAGGGGGAUAGUGGAGGCCCUUUAGUGCACUUCUUGUCCCGUCAGUGGACUCUUGUGGGAGUGGUGAGUUGGGGAAUCGGCUGUGCGCGGGCAAACAGUCCUGGUGUCUACACCAAUGUGGAUGAGAUGCUCAACUGGAUUCAAACUACCAUUGAGAAAAACUCUUGAUGCUGUUUGCUGGGGCCAAAGUUACAGACGGAACUUGAAACUACCGGAGAAGGAGGAAAGUUUCUAUUUUAGUGCGGCAUUGUCAAAUGAACAGAAGAUCUACCACAGGGAAGUCCACAGUUCAACAGAAGGGGGAAAAAGUGUAACACUGUGGUCCCAUAAUUACAUACUAUAAGCACGUGUGUAAGCAUAGAUAUUUUGUGCAAACAUAUACGUUCUUUGUACCAUUUACUAAACUUACCUCAGGGAAGACGUGCCUUUGUAGCAAUUUUUCUGGAUUGACAUUCUUGACUUUUUUAGGCUGCUCAAAACAUGUUUUUAACCUGAACACUACUAUUAUUUAAUAGAUCUUUGCCUGUUACCAACUUUGUUUUUGUAUCAUCUAAAGCCACAAAAGUGACAUCAAACUUUUGAGAAAAUUUGAUAUUUUCCCUUGGUUCACAGAUAGAUUCCAUCUUCUGUCCUCCUGGUGCUUGUAUUGUUAUUUCAGCUGAGGGUUUAUUCAUGUUACUCUUUAAAAAGAAGUCAUUGUACGGUAUCAGCAUUACCAGUGUUGUAAUAACUAUCUGUGUUUUAGUAAGUAAUAGAAUUAUAAUGGAAGCUUUGGAAAGAACUUUGUUUUAUCCACUGAAAUGUACGUGGUACAGGUCAAACACUUGAGUUCUAAUGUUGUCAUGUGCUACUUUGAGUGCCUUUGGAAAAGAGGUGUUAAUGAUGACAUGUAAGGUGCUGGUCACUGAGAUUUUUAUUGUUUUCUGUGAAUGAAUAUUCAUUUGAUGAAUCCCAGGUUUCCUUUCAACCAGUAAUCCUUGUUGACGUGUUUCUAUUUUACUUUAAAUCAUUCUUUUUGUAAAAUAAAAUAAUUGGGUUUUUAUCAUUUAACUGAUAAAAUGUGUUGUUUUGAAAUAUUUAUGUGAAUUAUGUAACUUUUUUAAAAGUGAAAAUGUGAGUUGCGUAGUGCAAUUUCCAAUAUUGGACAUGUGUGAUAUAAAAACUGUAUUUUGGUAUCUGGUAGAUUUUUAUGUGCAGUCUGUAUAUACAAUUAAAAAUAAAAUAUUUUCCCAUUAA